CCAGCUCUCAAUGACAUCAACUCGGUUUUCACAGGAUCACAGGAUCCAAUUCCUCUUCUCAGCCGCAUUGGCUUCUCUCCUUGUGCUUGGAGCUGUUCGGUUCUACCUCGACAACCUCAAGAGCAACCAGUUUCAGCUCCUCUGGCAAUCCGUUUUUUCACAAAGCAGGUUUCUCAGGGUGCCUAUAAAUGUGUCUGCAGAUGAGAUUAUUGAAGAUGGGUGCAAUGUGUUUGAAGGGAAAUGGGUGUGGGACAAUGUGAGCUAUCCUCUUUACACCGAAGAAGGCUGUCCCUAUUUGGUGAAACAAGUCACUUGCCAAAGAAAUGGCAGGCCCGAUUCCUUCUAUCAGAACUGGAGAUGGCAACCUAACGGUUGCAAACUACCAAGGUAUAAUGCAUUGAAGAUGUUGGAGAUGCUGAGGGACAAAAGGCUAAUGUUUGUAGGAGACUCAUUACAGAGAGGAAUGUUCGAGUCAAUGGUCUGUCUAGUUCAGUCUGCCAUCCCCGAUGGAAGGAAAUCUCUUCAAAGGGUGCCCCCUAGAAAGAUUUUCGCUAUUGAGGAUUACAAUGCAACAAUAGAAUAUUACUGGGCUCCGUUCAUAAUAGAGUCCAUCUCAGACCAUGCAACAAACCAUACUGUGAUGAAAAGAAUGGUCAAGCUGGACUCUAUCGAAAAGCAUAGCAAGCAAUGGGAAGGAGCAGAUAUAUUGUUGUUUGAAAGCUAUGUUUGGUGGAUGUACAAACCCUUCAUUAAUGCUACGUAUGGAUCUCCAGAUAAUGUCCGAGAAUAUAACGUGACCACUGCAUAUAGAUUGGCAUUAGAAACAUGGGCAAACUGGAUAGAGUCCAGCAUCAAUCCUCGAAGGCAGAAGGUUUUCUUUGUCACCAUGUCCCCUACACAUCUCUGGGACUGGGAAUGGAAGGCUGGAAGUGAUGGGAACUGCUUCGAUGAGACACACCCAAUUGAAGGGCCAUAUUGGGGAACCGGUUCAAAUCUUGAGAUCAUGGGAAUAGUGAAAGAGGUUACAGAAAAGCUACAAGUUAACAUAAGACUGCUAAACAUCACCCAGUUGUCUGAGUACCGCAAAGAUGGGCAUACAUCAAUCUUUGGAGAACGAAAAGGAAAGCUGUUGACAAAAGAACAGAGAUCAGACCCCAAAAAUUUUGCAGACUGCAUCCACUGGUGCUUACCUGGAGUUCCAGAUACAUGGAACGAGAUUUUCUAUGCAAUUUUGUUACAAGAUUAUCGUAAACACUGAUUGAUUGUAGGAUAAAUCAGAAAUUUCAUUUAUUUUACAA